UUGGCUUUUUUUUAAUAAAGGAAAACCACGGAUGAACCAUCCCUAGCGCUCAUCAACGACUACCCCAUACUGCCACCGCCUCUACGCCCGACCUCGAAUCCUCCUUGAUAACCACUGUCACUAGCGGUAGCUUAUCUCUGAGGUUGUCUGAGGUCCGACAAAGGGCACUUUUUUGUCUCCCGAGCCUCAAGCAUCUGGAGACUCUCAAUUACCUUAAACCUGCAACGUACUCUAUCUACCCGAAUGUUGCGUGCAUUAAUGGCGUUGAUUUUCGAUUCCGAACCACAGAAUGGAUGGACGAGGGGAAAUACCAAAUAGGUCUUCAAGAGAUUUUAUACAUCUAAAAUUGGUAUUAUUAUAUGCCCUUUUUAGCAGUUUGAGAAGUUAUCCAUGCUUCGUAUUCGUUUUUCUAGUUGAUGGUUUCAUUUUGAGAUUGUUGUGUAUGGGUUUUGCAUACCAGCAAGAUGGGAAGAACGGACGUGAGUAAUGAUGUAUCUAGGAGAAAUCCUAUUGAAGGUACCUCAGCACGGACAAGAGCUUUUAGUUUUGAGGAAAUUAUGUCAAGGAGAAAGAAGAAAGAAAACUCAAAUGCUAAUGAAUCAGACAUUAAAAUACAUGAGUCUUUUGAAAAUGCUAAUGAUACCCAGGAUCACUCAAGGCAUGAUGUCCAUCUCCAAAUUAGGAGUCCUUCAAAAAAAUUUAUGAAAGAGCGGUCCAAAAAGAAAGAAUCAACUUCUAAGAGGGAGAGAGAUGCCAUAGAAAGGAAACAUACAAGUUCACGAGAUUUAGAAACCGAUGCGAAGGUGAAAUCUAUCCAUGGUAAAAUCAGUAGAAACCAAGAAAGCACUGAAGAAAAGUAUAGCCGACAUUCAAGUAAAAGUGCUAAGUUACUUGCUACUGAAUCUGAGAAGGCAUCAAGAAAGAAAAGAGUCAAAGAUUUUGAUGAGAAUGAUAAGUAUGAUGAGCAUUAUAGGAUAUCUAAGAGGGAUAGAAAAGGCGAUUAUCAUUAUGAUGAUAAGGGCAGAUCAAAAAAUGAUUCCAAGAAAUAUAAGAAACAUGAGUCUAUCAAAUUGCAGGAUCUGAAGUAUUCAGGAUCGAAAGGUCAUAAAAAGUACCAUCUUGAACCUUCUUAUGAUGAUCCUAAAUUGAGAAGGAGAAGAUCUAGGAGCUUGGAGUAUUAUCGAGAAGAAAGAAGGUCCGGUUCUAUGUCACCUUUGUCACAAAAGUAUUCCUAUGAUGGAAAGGACCACGGAGAGUGCCAUAAAGACAAUUCAAAGAAGAAACAUUCAGAUGGCGAUAGAUACAAAACUUCAGGUAAUGCUGGCUAUUCUAGUGGACAUCACCGGAAACAUAGAAGUGGACUUGGCGGCUACUCCCCGAGGAAGAGAAAAACUGAGGCAGCUGUUAAGACCCCAUCCCCAACAAUUCGCUCUCCAGAGAGGAAAAUUGCUACAUGGGAUCAGCUUCCCUCAGGAACCAGCAUUACCAAUUCUGGAUCCAUUUUUGCAAGUUUACCUCUGAUUGCUACUAAAGUUGUUGAAGCUGUAUCAUCUAUUGCCGUUACACCAGCAACAACAAAAACACACCCUGCAACUUCAAUUGACUCUGGGUCUGUGACUAUUAAUUCUUCAAUCGAGUCAGUUCAACUCACCCAAGCAACCCGUCCUUUGAGGAGGCUUUAUAUUGAAAACUUACCUUCGUUGGCAUCAGAAAAGUCUGUGAUUGAUUGCCUCAAUGAAUAUUUGGUCUCAUCUGGUGCCAAUCACAUACGAACAACCAGACCUUGCAUUAGUUGUAUUAUAAAUAAAGAUAAAGCUCAGGCUCUUGUUGAAUUUCUGACACCAGAGGAUGCUACUGCAGCUCUUUCUUUUGAUGGUAACACCUUAGCUGGAUCAGUUCUCAAAAUGAGACGUCCUAAAGAUUUUGUUGAAGCAGCAAGUGGAGUCCCAGAGAAAACCGGGGAUGUAGUCAGAGCAGUGUCUGAUGUUGUGAUCGAUUCCCCAUACAAGAUUUUUGUUGGUGGAAUUUCAGAUAUUCUGUCUUCCAAGAUGCUUAUGGAAAUUGCCAAUGCUUUUGGGCCAUUGAAGGCUUAUCGCUUUGACUUCAGUAAGGAGCUCAAUGGUCCUUGUGCCUUUUUAGAGUAUGAAGAUCAUUCAAUUACUUCGAAGGCAUGUGCUGGUCUUAAUGGAUUGAUGCUGGGUGGCUUCAUUCUUACUGCAGUCAGAGCUUUUCCUGAUAUCAAUGAGGAUAAUGCAAGACCUCCAUCUUACGCUGUUCCUCCCCAUGUAAAACCACUUCUCGCUAACGUUACACAAGUCCUUGGGCUUCAUAAUGUGGUAAUCUUUCUUCUCAACAUAUAUAUAAUGCCAUUUUUUUUGUUUCUUCCAUUGAUUCAUAUUGUGUGGAGGAUUUCCAUAAUUGUUGCAGAAAGAGAUUUGGAAAGUUCACAACAGCAGACUAAUCUUUCUGAGACCUUUGAGCCAGGUUUUAUUCUUGUGGAGUUUCAGAGGAAAGAAGCAGCUUGCAAUGCAGCUCACUGUUUGCAUGGCCGAUCCUACGACGAACGGACGGUUGCAAUUGAAUAUAUCCCUCAUGAUGUUUACUUCAAUAGAUUCCCCAAAUAAGCUUUUGCCAGGAAAAAAAAUCAUUAGAUGAACUGUAAGAUUGUACUGCAACUGCAUUGAUUAUUAUUGACAUUUGUUAAAUGAGAUGCAUUGCUUAGUGGAACAUUAUAAUAGAUUUUAUUUUCAAAGAAUAUACAAUUGUGUUCAAUUUAAUGUCUAUUUAUUGCUCUUAUUAA